ACAAAUUAAAAGAUUAAAAACGUGAGUAAACGAAGACACAAACAGCGAACAAUCGUUCUACUGAGGUAUUUGCGCGUAGGCAGGCACAGAAUCUUUCUUGGUGUGGGAGAGCGAAGUAAGAUCAAGGUGAAGCCACCAUAGGAUGCGACGGAACCAUUCUAACUCCGGCAAUUACCGGAAUCCAUGUUUAACGAUGCACCAGCCUUGGGCUUCUCUUCUCGUUUACGGGAUCAAGCGCGUCGAGGGCAGGUCAUGGCCCGCUCCAAUCACAGGUCGUCUUUGGAUUCAUGCCGCCAGUAAAGUCCCGGAUGAGUCUACAAUCAAAGCAAUGGAAUAUUUCUACAGGGAGAUUUAUGCGCUCAAUGGCGUCACUGAUAUCCAAUUUCCUCAACACUACCCCGUUUCUAGGCUUUUGGGCUGUGUUGAAGUCGUUGGCUGCUUAACUCGUGACGAGCUAGCAUGCUGGGAGAUGGUUCCUGAAGGGGUGAGGUUGGAAGCACAGACUGACUAUUGUUGGCUGUGUGAACGGCCACAGAAAUUGUUGAUUCCAUUUGAGAUGCGGGGUUACCAAGGUGUUUAUAAUCUUGAAAGGAAGAUUUAUGACGCUGCAGUUAGAGGGCUAUCCCCGGUUAAUAGCCCGCUGCCAGUGAAAUUUCCACUUCCAGACCCACGAGAUCCAUUUUGCUUGAAGCCAGGUUCCAUCUCUGCGCUUACUCCUAAUUCAAAAGCUACUGAAGUUAACAAAUCAUCCAGUAUAAGUCUGGCCAUAGCUGGGGCACAGGCGGCAGCCACUCAGUUCUCAAAGAAGGAUCACAAUUCCCAUAGUACUACUGCUCGGAACAAUGCACCUGAUACAAUGAAUGCUGAUAAUGAGGACAAACAUAUUGCAAGAUCUUAUAAUCUACGAUCCGGAGGAAGGUCUAUGGAAAAUGACAAUAUAUCAUCCACCGAGUUAGAUAGGAAAUUUGACGAUUGGACCUUGCCAUCAUAUCGUGAAAAGAAAAGUAGUAGUAAUUAUAGUGAGGGUAGCCAUAAGCAGACUCGUUCUACCGGUACAGAAGCAGAUUUGAGACAGUAUCCUGAAGCAUCGUCUAAGUCAAUUGGAGCUGGGAAUCGUUCGACAUUGAGGGAGGGGGAUGGCAUACUUGUUUAUUAUCUAGAACAGAUUAUCCAAUGCGUAAUAAUUAAAUCAUAAGAUUUUUGCUGCUGCUUUGAAAAGUCUGAAGCAAUAAUUAGGGAAGGAGUCUGACCAACUGGAGUCUGGAUGUGAAUUUGUAUCAUAGUGAAGUGUAACUUCCGAAACUGAAGUAGAGUUUGGAAGUGGUAGCGCUCAUGCAAGUGUUUCGAUGUUAGAGUCUCUAAAUUAAUUUAGGUCCAUGUACAAUUCGUAGUACAAAAUUGUAGUCUCUAGGUGAUGGGAUGAUGGAUCGGAUCGGAUCUAAUGCCAGAAACUUGUGCUGCAUGAUGUUAAAAAUGAAUCUUUGUUUUACAUCCAUCUAGAACAUAUUGGCAUCUCCGAUAUUAAUUUACUUAUACACCAAUGUAAGGAGUGUUAAAAAAAUCCAGUAA